AUGAACUUCAAGAACAUUUUUCUAUCUUUCUUCUUCGUCCUGGCGGUUGGACUUGCUCUUGUCCACGCCGAAGAUGCUCAGCCCCGGGGCCCCAAGAUCACCAGUAAGGUGUUCUUUGAUAUAGAGCACGGAGACAAGCCUCUGGGCAGAGUCGUGCUUGGCUUGUAUGGCAAGACUGUUCCUAAGACCGCUGAGAACUUCCGCGCUCUCGCUACUGGUGAGAAGGGCUUUGGCUAUGAAGGAUCUACCUUCCACCGUGUCAUUAAGGACUUCAUGAUCCAGGGUGGUGACUUCACUCGUGGCGAUGGUACCGGUGGAAAGUCGAUCUACGGUGAGAAGUUCGCCGACGAAAACUUCAAGCUGAGGCAUACGCGCAAGGGGCUCCUGAGCAUGGCCAACGCCGGCAAGGACACCAACGGCUCCCAGUUCUUCAUCACCACCGUUCCUACACCUUGGCUUGAUGGCCGCCAUGUCGUCUUCGGUGAAGUGCUCGAGGGCUACGAGAUCGUCGCUCAGAUUGAGAACGUGCCCAAGGGCCGUUCUGACAGACCCGUGGAGACUGUCAAGAUCGUCAAGAGUGGAGAGUUGGAGUCUGAGGACAAGGCUGGAGAAAAAGAAACGAGCUCCGAAGAAGAGUCACAACCUUCAGCAAUUGCUGUUAUUCCUUCUCCAACCCCUUUGCCUAUGACAUCUGAUAACGCUCCUUAUAUUUUCCCGAAAUUCGCAGCGCUUGCCAUUGUUGUCGGUCUCCUGGUUGUCCUGGUCCGACGCAGCUUCAAGGGAGAACAAGAGAAGGCUGAAAGAAGUAUUGUUUGA